AUGCGGAACCGGACGGGACAGGCCAUUCUGGCCGUGCUCCUGACCAUAUUGAGUUUUGCGGGCAUCACCGAUGGACAAGCCUACUAUGGCACAGUACAACGUGAGUUACAAGCCUGCGGUUCUGACAACUUUAUCAAUCUAGGAUGCUUCAAGAACUUCAUCUCCGUCGCCCAGCCGACAUAUUUCCAGUUCGAUCCGCAGGGCUAUCUGCCGUCAGAUCCCUCAAGGAGUUUUCCAGGAUGGAGUCCCGGCUCCAACUACAACAACACCGCUACCGGUCUUGACUGUGCCCGAGCCUGUCGUGGUUUCGGGUACAAGUUUGCCGCCAUGAGAGAUAACUCCUGCAGAUGCGGUAUCCAGCUACCUGUGGGAUACAGCCCAACGCAAGAUGCAGUCUGCCAGAUUCCCUGCCAGGGCAACCCCAAUCAGACCUGCGGUGGCGGCUCAGACGCUCAAAUCUACGUCGACCCUUCCUUUGCUGCAAACUCGCAGGUGCCGAUUCAAGCGCAAAACCCGUACAUUGCAGGGUUUUACAACUACUUGGGCUGCUUCUAUCUCCCGAGUGGCAUGCCCUCGGGUGACAGCCGUGCCACUUUCACCGUCCCCACGGUCGACGAGUGUUGGAACAGAUGUGCUGGCCUGGGUUAUCCCCUCGUGGCAGGCGUGGUAGAUUCGUAUGGACCAGGUCGUCUUGCCUUGAAAAGAGGAGAGCUAACAUGA